AUGAUUCUUGCGAAAAAGAGAUUGGAAAGGUUGAAAGAGCUGAAACUGAAGCGAGAGGAAGCUACACAAAACGCUGCCCCAUCCACACAGCCAGGCCUCAACGUCGUUUUCGAGGAUACUCAGGAGUGCACACCCUCAACAUCGGCCGGCCAUGAAAAAUCGGGAAGACGUCUUGAUAUGGAGCGUGUGCUUGAGCUGCAGCGAAACAUUCGUGAAAAUGAACGUUUGCAAAAGAUGUGCUCCAAUAUUUUAGAGGCUUGCGGGCGAAAAUUGUCCGAGGAAGAUCCAGCUGGAGACGUUGCAGUCAGAGAUGAUACUGACAAACAGACCACAACAGCUCGUUACAUGCCCUCAUUAGCCGACCAGACGUCAGCUGCUGUGAAAAUCCAGGCGUGGUAUAGGGGUUGCCGCGAGCGAAAAGGCCUUCAGAAACAUCUUGAAGAGAGGCGCAAUUACAUGAACGCAUACCGAGGAAAUAUUGCAGCUGAGGAGCCCAGUGACGUGGUGGACAAUGCUGCCCUUAGCUCUCGUCCCGUUCAUGAAAAGAUUCACGCCGCAGUUGAUAUGCUGUUUGAUCCGAAAAUGUAUGUAUCGAAAGUGGGCGCAUUUAUCUUGAAUAGGCUAUCAGCAUUAUCUCCUCAUUUAUGUGCAUAUUUGGUAAUAGAUGCACAAGGGCUGGCAGCCAUACUAGACAUUUUUGAGCAGAAAACUACUGGCCGCGGUCCUGCCACUGCAGAAAUUCUAGUCAUACUGCAAGAAGUUUUUCUCCGAAUAGUUCAGGAUUGUGUGAGAGUUUCACUUCACAUAUUCCAUGCGUUUUACAACAAUCCUGUGAUCGUGCACGGCUUUGGACGUGCAAUAUUGGCACUAUAUCGUCGACCGAGUGCCAAGCCACAUUUCGAAAAAGCAAAAUUCUACCUCAACUACGCGUCUAAAAGGUUCGCUCGUUUGGCUGGCACUGAUCCACGCAAAAUCAUGCUGUCAGAAAUGAGGAACGAGAUGUUGUCUAAAUGA